UUGAAAUUCUCACCACCCAGAGUCACCCGGUGUGUUUGUGGUCCGGUACAGCAGCCGCAUCGAUCGAUCGCAAGCCUUCCAUCAGCUGCGCGCGCGCGCGCACGAUCGCAUUUCAUUCGCAAAACCGCCUCCCGAUCGCAAGCACCUUCUUCGAUUGAUCGUGCUUUUCGUGGGUUCACCCCUUCGUUCGUUCGUUUUGUAUUGUUUUUUUUUUGGGUCAUCUGGAGAAGCUGAGUGCAUUGUGCAUUCGAGUGGAUCAAGCGAUCGCGCUACUGUCGUGGAAGUUAUCAUCAUUGUUCCGAAAGGAAACUGUACCAUUGUGGUAUAGUUGUGAUUCGAUGCUUGUGUGCAUGUGAGUGUGUAUUGAAUUCCUCGCAUAACUAACGGUGUAUGAUCGACUGAAUGGUGCUGGUGCCCAAUUGGUCGCAAUCGGUAGUGCUGCUCGAGAAGUGUUCUAGGCUCGGUAGUGAUACGAUCAAGUGAACGGAAACCAACAGCCAUUUUGAAGUAGCUGCCCCAACGACCCCUGGAGCUCCACGAGAAGUGAAGGAAAAGUGAAAAGGAAAAGAGACAAACUACGAAGCAGCGGAGAGCAAGCAGCUAGAGCGAGAGAUCAAAAUGGGUCCCAAUUCCAAUGGCACGUGGAUGCUGCUGAUGGCACUGAUGACGGUGGUGGUGGCGAUGGUGACAGCCCAGUCAAGUCCGGCUGUUGAUCUGCCCGAAUACCUGCACGUGUGCCACCGGGAGGAUCCGAAGCUGACCGAGUGCAUGAAGGAGUCGAUUGAGACGCUGCGACCGUACCUGGCGCGCGGUAUUCCCGAGCUCGACAUCCCUUCGAUCGAUCCGAUCAAUCUGGGCGAUCUGAUCGUGGCGGAGAGUGUCCCCGGGCAGGGCGUUAGCAUUUCGGCCAAGGACAUCAAGGCGUACGGACCGUCCAACUUUAAACUGAAGAAGCUAACUGUCGUCGAGUACGGCAAGAUCUACUCGUUCGAGCUGGAGUUGCCGCAUCUGUACGUUGAAGGGCGGUACGUGGUCGAUGGAAGGAUUCUGUUGCUGCCGGUCAAGGGAUCCGGCAAGUUCACUGGCAACUUCACCCAGGGCAUCGGCAGUGUGCGCAUCAAGGGUGACCGGAAGCGUAUCAACGGACGGGAUCACCUGUCGCUGGCGAAGCUCGACAUUAAGAUCCGGGUGUCGGAUGGGCGCAUCAAGCUGGACAACCUGUUCGGCGGCGAUCGUGUGCUGGGCGAAAUCAUCAACGAGACGAUCAACCAGAACUUUAAUCUGCUGAGCACCGAGCUGAUUCCCCUGAUCGAGAAAGCGCUGCAAAGGAUAUUCAAGCGAACUGGCAACAAAAUUCUUGAGCGUUUCCCUGAGGAGGUCCUGUUUCCCUAAGGGUACGGAGCAUCAUUCGGAGGAGGAGAAGGACUUCAAGGAUAAGAAGAAGGGGGAAAGGGACCUCUUGCAAUAUGUGAUUAGCGUGGCGCUUUAAAAUGGGCGGGGGGAUAAUCCGUAAUCGAACUAUUGCCUUUACGUCACUCUACUGUUUGGUCUGCACUCUUUGCCAGUCUGUUUUUUCGGACUUUUACUUUCGGACAAUCCACGGCACACACACAUACACGCGCACACUGUACGUAAGCCACCAGGGCGCUGCGUAGCAGCCAGAGGAAGGGAAGAAUUCAGCUGGACGGCUUUUACGGAUUCGCAAAUCGCAAAAAUGGAUAUCGGGGAAAGGAAAGGAAAGAGGAAGUGUAUAUACUAUGUUUAGUCCGAAGGGUCCUGCUGCAGGUCGCGUCGGAGUUGGAAGCAGAACAUGAAUAAAACAAACCACCAGAACCACCGUUUUAAAAUUA